ACCAGCCUUGCAAAGGCCCCGUUUCUCCUCUAGGUUCUUGUGGCUGCGACCUCAGCUAACGCGCGAGAAUUCUAUAUCCGACCGCCCAGACCUUUGAACCCUGCGGCUCUUCGUUGCGGGCUGCUCGGCGCGUCGUACCACCACCGGCUUUGCAACUCCGUUUGCUUCUCUCUUCCAUUCGCGAGUUUUGUCGUUCACUUAGACAUCCGCGCGCCUCGUCGGCUGCUCCGAUGGCUUUAUCUUUGAGUCAAUCUGUGUCGGCAACGCCCUGGUCUCGUGUUUUGGCAGGUGCACGAAGAGUCAUCCUACUUCAGUACGCAUACCAACGGAGUCGCUCCGGCGGCGUAAAAAAAUCCUCCAAGACACCAAGUGUUGUGUCUUGCUUACGCGUGGCAACGCCGUGUCGCGUGGAUUUCUGUGCCGCUGUGAUGACAAGCCAUAUGUCUUUCCUACACGAGGUCUUGAUGUCGCAUGAUUUGCUCCGUCGUCGAGACUUUCAAGAUGGUUCUGUCAGCGGUGUAAGCUUUUUUUCAUUGACUAUUCCUGGUGAAUGGCCCUUUCGAGACGCAAACAAGACAGUCUGCGGAACAGUGCUGCCGCAGACCAAGCCGGUGCCGUCUUCAAUAGUUUCCAUCAUGGGGCUCUGCCUGAGGACCCUUGACGCUUCAGCUGCCAUCUUGUCAGCCAUCUCGCUCGGAGGGGUCUCCUAAUACAGUAAUGCGAAGCCGAGCUGCACCUCUACCUUCGCCAGAAAAAAAUCUUCACGGCGCCGCUUUGUGGACCUACCUGAAGGCUUGACA